CGCAUGUGCGAGGUUUGUUACUUCCUAGCGUCUAACGUUGCCGUGAAGGGAGCUCCUUCAGUCCUCUAAGCUAUCUUUGUGCAGCAGCAGCAGCAGCAGCAGCAGCAGCAGCACCACCGUGCGAAGGGCGCACAAGUGUAGUCAGCCAGAGACCCAGCAGAAAUGUCAGAAAGUGGGCGUCAGGAAUCCGCCGGGGCCCCGAACGGCAGCGACAGCCCGACAAAACGGGCACCGAGACCGCCCGUCGGAAACAAAGUGACCGUGGUGCUCGGGGCUCAAUGGGGCGACGAAGGGAAAGGAAAAGUUGUGGAUCUUCUGGCACAAGACGCGGAUAUGGUGUGCAGAUGUCAGGGCGGCAACAACGCAGGACACACCGUGGUGGUCGACUCAGUGGAGUACGACUUUCACCUCCUCCCCAGCGGCAUCAUCAACCCCAAGGUCACCGCCUUCAUUGGCAAUGGUGUAGUGAUCCACCUUCCAGGCCUGUUUGAAGAGGCAGAAAAGAACGAACGCAAAGGAAAAGGUCUAAAAGACUGGGAGAAAAGGCUGAUCAUCUCAGACAGAGCACAUAUUGUGUUUGACUUCCACCAAGCAGUUGAUGGCGUUCAGGAACAGCAGAGACAAGAGCAAGCAGGCAAGAACCUCGGGACAACAAAGAAGGGGAUUGGUCCAGUGUACUCGGCCAAGGCAGCACGUAGCGGUCUCAGGAUAUGUGACCUGUUGGCUGACUUCACUCAGUUCUCCGAAAGGUAUAAAGUAUUGGCACAGCAAUACAAGGCUAUGUACCCCACUCUGGUGAUUGACAUAGAGGGAGAGCUGGUCAGAUUAAAGGACUACGUGGAGCGGAUCAAGCCCAUGGUGAGGGACGGGGUGCACUUCAUGUACAAGGCUCUUCAUGGACCUCGUAAGAAGAUCCUGGUGGAAGGAGCCAACGCAGCACUACUGGACAUAGACUUUGGGACGUACCCGUUUGUGACAUCGUCCAACUGCACGGUGGGCGGGGUGUGUACGGGUCUCGGCAUGCCGCCUCAGAACGUCGGGGAGGUUUACGGGGUCGUCAAGGCAUACACCACCAGAGUGGGCAUCGGAGCGUUCCCCUCCGAGCAGAGCAACGUAAGAGGACACACAGAGAUCGGAGAGCUACUUCAGACUCGGGGGAAGGAAGUGGGCGUGACCACAGGCAGGAAGAGGCGAUGUGGUUGGCUGGAUCUGGUGCUCAUCAAAUAUGCACACAUGAUCAAUGGCUUCACCGCUUUAGCGCUCACCAAGCUGGACAUACUUGACGUGUUCGCAGAGAUCAAAGUGGGCGUAGCGUACAAAGUUGCCAACCAAACUAUACCUCAUUUUCCAGCCAAUCAGGAGGUGUUGCAGCGUGUGGAGGUCCAGUAUGAGACGCUGCCGGGCUGGAAAAGCGACACCUCGGCUGCAAGAAGCUUUGAGGAGCUGCCUGAGAACGCCCAGAAAUAUGUCCGCUUCAUUGAGGACCAUGUGGGAGUGCCUGUCAAGUGGAUCGGAGUUGGCAAGUCUCGGGAGUCGAUGAUCCAGCUAUUCUAGACGAAGGGAGGAGAAACACAAGCAAAGAGGACACACAGCAACUCCCCCACACACACACACACACACACACACAGCCUACCUACCUGUCUCAACUCUCCAACAGAGACAUGACCAUCAUGUCUGUUCUUAAUGCUUUAUCAUUGUGUCAUCAGACUGUCCCAUGUUACAGACUCCCAUCAGACUGACCUCCCUGUAUGAAUGGUUCCCGGCAUCUCCAUCGGGAUUUUUAGCAGUUUUAAACUUUAGGAUAACAGUUCCGCAAGUCAACUCCCUCUUUAAUUUGUCCCUGUUUAUAUCGUAGCCGUUUAUUUCAGACAUGCAACACCAGCUGCCAUCAGGUCUGAGAGAGGACGUGAGGGAACGGACUCAACACGCACACCGACGGAGACACGGGAUCACUGCCCGGAGGAACUGUCCACAGACGUUUGGUUGUUCAAACUUUGUUUUAAGUGUAUUUUUGUUAAUCUAUGCUGUGUUUUAAAUGCGCUGUGUCAGUCCGAUGUACAUCAGUUUAAAAGUUUUAACCACUGUACUUUAGAUGCUUUGGACUAUAUCUGCUUUAUGUUUUAUUCUGCCAGGUUUACAGAACAAUCAGACAUGAUAAAGGGAUCCUUUUAAUAUUGGUAAUGUGUCUUAUUUGUGUUUGUUUUUUCGUCGUCAGACAGAUGUUUGGAGUAAAACCUUCUAAUAUUGCCUUGUCAUUCAACCAAAAAAUUUGCUUUUAAAUUUCCUGUAGCUAGCGACUGCUUCCACUGAAUGCUGUUGAUGAAAUGCUGACACACAUCUUCCCAUAUUAUAAUGGUUCGAUAAUGGCUCGUGUUUUCAGAUUUAAUUUUAGCAGGUGAGUUUUCCGAACCAUUAUAGAGAAUCUGGUAUAACAAAUGAAAAGUAAUUCAGUAGGCCAGCAUCUUUCCACUCACAUUCUCAUGAUUGUCUAUCUUAUUUUUACUACUGAUUUCUUUGCACUUUCAGUACAAUCGUCUGUGAAAGUGUAAAGAAAGGCAACGGUUAAGUGUAAAUAUGGAUUGAUAAAUGCUGUAUAAGACAGUUGUUCAUCUUUCUCCAUUUUUUUCUGCCAUUGUUAUAACACACAUCUUUAAAACCAGGAAAAUAAGGCAUACAUAAGUUUAGUCUGAAGAUGCAUUUUGCCAUCAGAAAAACAAAACUGGUACUCCUCACUGUUUAACCAAUAAAAUGUUACCAUCCAAUUGA